UUUAUCAGAUACAUCCUGCAUUGAGCUUUCUUUCUGGUUCUGUUUUAACAUAAAAUUAUUUGCCUCCAGCUUGUUCUUCAUUCCCAGGUCCCCCAGCCAUGUCACUGCCCUAUCUCCAGUGACCCAUGAAAUAUGGCCAACAAACCGGCUGAGCUCAAAGGCCUCAUGGCAGGUGAUAUGCGUUCCCAGUAGGCAGUGCUGUGGCAAAAGUGACCAACUCAGGUGUGUGCAGGCUGAUCUCUAGACUUCGCUUCUCUCCCUGAAAACAUCGAUAUCUUACAUCAUAAAUGUAGAGGAAAGGGGUUCACAGUCCAGAGUUCAUCCCCAUCACAGACAGUGUCACCAUCGGGGCAGGGGCACUGUGAUCAGACACAUCUACCUGGAGUUCUCAGGGUGCCCUGCCAAAGGCAGAUCCAGCCCGUGAGUAUUCCCCAGCCUCUGCCUGUGAUCCCGCCUGAGAGACCAGGCAGUGGACAAUCCUGACUGGAGCCCGGGUCCAGCCUAGUUUCUGAAUCACAAAGUGAUUCAAAGACUGAGUCACCCUGAGGAGCAGAGAAAUGUGAGUGCAUGAGAGAAUUGACAGUGGGGAGACAGCCAGCAGGUGUGAGCUGCAGGCUUCUGGAAGGCCCAGGCCCUCCGACUCCUCUCUCUACUCCUCUGUUCCUGCCUCCAUGCUCAGCACAGUGAGACAGGAGCCCAUGGACAUCCAGCAGCAGCAGGAGCAGUCCUCUCGGGUCAUGAGCUUGGACAAGGAUGGGACCCAUCUGCACCGCAAAGGGCAAGCCUGUAGCUCUCCCACUGGGAGAUGCCAAGUCAGAGUCCCUGAGUACUCACCAUUUGCCCAGGGCUGGGACUUCCGUGAAGCCACCACUGCUGGGCAGAAGGAUGCAGAAAUAAUGCCCAGCACUUCCGGUUCAGGCACUGCCUUUCUGAAGGACUUUCCUUGGGCAACAGCUCAGACCUCACUCCUGCUUCUUCUGGGACUUUUCCUGCUGGCUGCUCUUGGUUUCAUCUGGAAACUUCGCCGAGAGAAAGAUCGAGAAUGCUGGACCAAAGAGCAACUCCAAAGAGAGCUCCGCUGGAGAAAAGCCCAGAAAGUGGAUGAUUGGAAAAAAGCUCGGUCCUAUGCUGCUCAUGUGACUCUGGAUCCAAAUACUGCCUUCUUUGAACUCUUUCUGUCUGAAGAUCACCGAAGUGUGAAGCGGAGAAACUUGUGGCAGAAUCUUCCUGAAAAACCUGAGAGGUUUUCUUUUGACCCUUGUGUGCUGGGCCACAGGUCCUUCUCUUCGGGGAGACAUUACUGGGAGGUGGAAGUGGGCGACAGGACUUACUGGGAGCUGGGGGUUUGUGAGGAAAACGUGGAUAGGGCUUGGGGGAUCGCAGAGUCACCUCAGAAUGGAUUCUGGGCUGUGGAACUCUACGCCAAUAAGUACCAGGCCCUCACCUCCCCUCGGACUGCUCUCCCCCUGAGUGAGCCCCCCAGCCGGGUGGGGGUCUUCUUGGACUAUGAAGCUGGGCAUGUCUCCUUCUAUAGUGUGGCUGAUGGGUCCCACAUCUACACUUUCCCCCAGGCCUCCUUCUCUGGGCCUCUUCGGCCUUUCUUCUGCCUCUGGUUCUAUCACCCAACCCCUCUGACCAUCUGCCACUGAGCCCAUCUGUCCCCACCCUUUCUCUCAGUUGAAUGCACAAGGAUGAACCCAUCAUUGGGACUGAGAAGUCACAUUUCUGGGGACAAUGCCCCCAAGACUCCAGCUGAGCCAGCAGUGAAGGCUGAGCCCCUCUGACCUUUUCUGCAGAUAAAGACUGGAGACAGUUUAUAAUUCUCCAGACCUGAGUGGUACAGAGGCCAAAAAGGACAAUGUAACCCCAUAGAAUGUUGUCAAGAAAGUCUGGUAUUGCCAUCCUAGCUGGAAACUGAAAAAGGAACCGUUAGAGAAACCAGAGACAAGAUACGGAUGGAAAGACUACCUGGGUGGAGUGUGAUCUCUGGUCUUGAGCUCCUUGUCUUUAAUGUCUGCAUAAUAGAACAGCUGGAAGCUGAAUCUGGAUGGCACUUGGCUGUUUUCACCCUCUUUUCACACAAAGACUUUAUUUCAUUUUGACCCACGUACAACCUGGGGAGAGACUAAAUAAAGUUCACAGAGAAAACUCACUUCUCCAGAUCACUCUGUUGGUCUGGGACUUGAUGGCACAUUCAACAUUCUUACAUCUACUGCCAAUCAUAGUGCCUCCAAGAGUCCAAUCAUUCCUUAUAAAGCAAUUGCAAUGACCCAUUCAGUGACACUUUUCACCCCAGAUCCAAGAUUUACUUUUCCAGUUUGUGAAUUUGUUUACUGCUCCCUAAUUAUCUUCCUACCUUUAGACUAUUUUACGUCAUCAACAGUUAAGUGCAUAUUAAUUUUUCUUCUUUGCUUAUGCAAACACACACACACACACACACACACAGUUUUUCUAAUGAAAAUUGGGCUUUGUUAUAUAAUUGUCCCACGACGUGCUUCUCUUACUUAAUACCAAGUCUUGGUGGCUCAGAUGGUAAAGUAUCUGCCUGCAAUGCAGGAGACCUGGGGUUCAAUUUCUGGGUUGGGAAGAUCCCUUGGAGAACAGAAUAGCAACCCACUCCAGUAUUCUUACCUGGAGAAUCCCCAUGGACAGAGGAGCCUGGCGGGCUACAGUCCAUGGGGUCGCAAAGAGUCAGACAGGACUGAGUGACUAACACAAAUCUUAAAUACUAAUCUUUCAUUAUUUGCAAUCAAGAUAGUUUUGUUUCUUCCCUAUUACAAAUAAUGCUACUAUAAAUAUCUUUGUAUGUAAAUCAAUAAAAGUAUUCUCAAUAAAAGUGUGUUA